AUGGCGAAAUCUUCCAAAGUGCUGCUAUAUGUAGCACUUUUAUACAUUUUAUGCAAUAAGGUGGUAGUUAAUGGCGAUCACAUAAAGCAACUAUCAUACGUAGACUGUCUCAAUGGCUGUUCCUGUAAUCAUACAGAUGCUGUAUGCUCUAAUUUCGAAGAGGCUUUAGCUUCUGUAGCACUCCAAAAACGAACAGUCACUUUAUUACAAAAAUUGCCUUGUCGAGAUCGUAGCUUAAGAGAACUCAUCCAGCUCUCAAACAAGAGAGAUGUUACGGUAGUUUUUAGAUGCUACGGAUCGAAAGAGUACAUGAAUCCAAAACGUAAGAAUGGAAUGGAACUGAAAUCUAAUAUUGAAACAGCAAGAAGAGUUAUGAGAGUAGAAAGAAAUUCCAGAUCACAAAAUAGCAAUUAUACAAUUAGCUUGAUAAAUGGACAAAAUUCUAGUGAAGGUACUGUUAUCAUUGAAAAUCGAAUAAAUGGCCAGCGUGGAGCAGUUUGUGGCACUGCAUGGCAUGCCAGUGAUGCCUCAGUCGUCUGUCGACAACUUGGUUUCCUUAGUUAUAGGUCCAAAGCAAGUAGUUACCUAGAUAUUUCCAGCUUAAUUAAAUCUGUUUUACUAAUUGGAUUGAAUUUGGCAUUUAUUCCAGCUGUAGCUAAACCAGGAAAUUUAAGUAUUAUUGCAAGAGCAUUGUUAUGCUUGGGAAAAGAGCAAGUUAUAGAUAGCUGUAAAAUAGUAUCUUGGAAUGAACCAUUUAGUUCUAAUAAUCUUUGUAAUCAAGCAAGGACUGUAGCAACAGUGAACUGCGUAUCGGAAGAUAAUAACCCAAAUCGUAAGAUUAUGGAAUCGGUUCCAGGUAAUUCCCCAGAAAGUUGCACCUUCAAAUAUGGAUUCUGCAAUUGGCAACGGAGUGGAAAUUAUCUAAUGCAAUGGAAUAAUUAUAAUGAAUCUUGGGAUGUAUAUACCUCAGAAGAUUUCAAACCUCGAGAUCCAUUUCAAGUUGUGUUCAUAGCCACGGCAAGCAAUCGUAGGCAAAUUGAUAUUAGUUUGAGCUUGGAUCAAGUUUUUAUUAAUAAUGCAGAACCGAAUAUAGGGCUCACUCAAGCGUCUCAAUUAGCAGUGAUCCUUUCUGUUACCAUAAUUGCCAGUCUCAGCCUUAUAUUUGGUAUAGCUUAUUAUUGCCAUUAUCACAAUAGGGAGGGUUGUAAAACAUGUUGCGAAAUUUGGUUAAACUCAGGCACCAAUCCAGCAGUAACUGGGACAUCAACAACUAGUAAACUGAGUUUGGGCUCUGGAACAUCUGCCGAUGUACUUCGAAGGGCAAUACGUGACCACCCUUACAUACUUAAUGAAAUUAAUACUCAUUAUCCAGGCAAUUCAAGGGCACUUGAAACGGGAUGUGACGAAGGCUGUUAG